AUGCCCACCGACGGUCCAGGAAUGACUUUAAAAGCGUUCAGGCGCGAGGCAUUGUUUGAUUCACGGUGGUAUCUUAGAUCCAAGCGUAUAGUCGUGUACCAAGCGACUGUGCUCAUUUCAAUGGCAGCUCAGGGUGCAGGAACAUACUGCAUGUUCAAACAUAGAGACUUUGCCAACCAUAUCCACAGUUUCAGCAUGAACAUUGCAAAUGUCCACAAUAUUGAUAUCAGAGCAACCACUAUUCUUAGCAUGAUCUUUCCGGCGAUGCUUAGUCUCGACUUGAAUGCUGCAUACUAUUCUCUUGUCUUCUAUCCUGGAAAGAACUUCCCGUUGUUCAACAAAAUUGUAGCUUGGUUGACAGUCUUCAUAACCAUUGGUAUGACGGCCACUACUCUCGCAGGAACGGUUAUUGUGGCUUCACGCUCUGCGUCAAUAUCCGGUGUUGAUGCAGCUACGGCCCAACAACUUACAGAACUCUAUUUCCGACCUCCCCUAAAGUAUAGAGAAUGGGGUCAGAAUAUUGCCUGGAUUGUUCUCAUGUGGAUCACUCUUGCCUUAAAUUUUGCAAGCGUGGUGCUGAUGCGACAGGCAUCAUUACACGACUCUAAAAAUGGGUCUAACCUGAUUUCAACAGCUGAUCAUGAACCAGAAUUUGAUUCUGGAAUGGAAGGUUCAACGGGGGAGAAAGAUAAGACAGAUAAGGUUAUUGAGGAAAAGGUUCUUCCAGUGGUAUAA